GUUAGAUGGGCCGAUCAGAUCCCACCAUAAUAGGGUCACAAUAUAUGAAUGUUUUGAGACAAAUAAGAGCCUGGUCAAGGCGGGGUUUAUGUCGUUGUCUGAACUCUCAAAGUCUGUGGAAGUCUUGUGGGAAACGGUCAACAAAGGAUGUUUAACAUAACUUACUUAAAGAUAAGAUUUAACGGUGGAGUAUAUGUGUUAUUUGUUUUCUCUUACACUUCAACAGCUUUCAAAUAUCUGUUAUUAUUCGUUGUUUCUUCUCAUUUUUAAACACAAAGUUAAAAGUAUGUAAAUAUAUGUCACGUUUUAUCGCAAAUCGUUCGUCCCGUUGUUCUAAGAGUAACCUCUUUGAUAAAAACUAAUGAGUAUCUAGAUUAGAAAAUAAUAAUAAUAGAAGAUAAUUUUGUUAAGCAAAUGAAUCUUAGGUAAUAAACUAAGAGCAUGAUUAACCCGGGAUUCUUAGGAUGAGGUUCUUAGCAGAAGUUAAGAAACUGUUUCUUAACUUCCGCUAAAAACCCCAUUCUAAAAAUUUCGGGUUAAUCAUGGUCUAAUAAAUGAGAAACAAUGGCAUUUGAAAUUUUCAUGAGUUCUCAAAGUUUUCUAUAUGAGAAUUUCUUACUUUCUCACUUCUUUUCGAUAUUUUUUUAAUUUUAAUCAUGAUAUCUUCUUCUUAUAUACUUGCAAUGGAUAUGCUCUAAAAAUAUGUUCGAAAUGAUUCUCAAUAAGUUUGCGAAGAAAACUACUCAACACAAAACAAACCUCAAGAACUGUUGACGGUAUGGUUUUUUUAUAAAACUGUUGACGGCAUAUAUGUUUCAUGUUAAUAAACUAGUACGUCCAUCUAAACAUCUGGUACAAAUUAACUAAGAAAAAGCUUAAACCAGGAAACACAAAUUAACUUCCAGAAAAGAGAGCUUCUUUGUUACUACUCCGACGAUCAAAAUCACGCACGUGAUUUGUAAAAGCAGACUCAUGAAUCAUGAUUACCCAGUUUAUUUUUUAGGACCGAUGAAUUGUGUUACAUCAUUCUGACUUCAUGUUGUCAAAUUAAUACCAGAAAUGUCCUAACAAUUGCAUAUACUUCCUUUAUUUUUUAAUAGAAAAUUCAAAGAUUACCAACUGGUCUAUUCCAUUGCUUACCCAUGGUUAGGGUUUAUCAAUAAAGGACAAAAUAUUUCAUCAAAAGAAAGACAAUAUAGUACGUUAAGACAAAUUUGUUUAUAAAUGUAUAGUUAAAUAUAUGUAGCUUCAUUCAGACGAGGAUUUUUACAUGAUAUGGUAAUUAACAGCGACGGAUUUAUAUUAUUAUGUUAAUUAACUGCUUUCUCCCCCACCCAUUAGUCUAUUAUUACAUUUAACUUGACGGAUUCAAACUAACGAUUGCUUUGUAGACCCAUGUUUAGCUUGACCCGUGCGUGGCUUACUUAAGCGGAAAUGUUCUUUAGAAGCUCCAGGGAUUGAUAUACUCAAUUCUCCAAUUUUCUAGUAGUUGCGAUUAGGUUGGAAUAUUUUGCAAUCGUGCUCCCUACUUUACCUCCAAUUUUAACUAAUAUGUUUAGUAAAUGAAACUUAUUUACUGAUAGCAAUACUCUUCACCAUUCCAAUUUUCAGACUACAAAAAUUAACGCAUUUUCAAAGAAGUCUCAUACAUGAUAACGAUCAGUGUAUCCGGCCUAUAAUGAAGUGAAGGGGUAACUUAAAGUAUGUCAAGAGAUAAUUUGGAUUCUUCACGUCUAUGCGUAUUAACUUUUAGUGUACAAAGGUGCGUGAUGAUGCAUACAAUUAGUCAAUCUGAAAGGUCUAAAACCCAAUGGUUAUAUACAACAUAGCGUAAUAAUUAUCAGAUGUUAAUAACUCGUGUUUUAUUCUAGUAAUCUUCUUACCAAUACAUUUUGAAUUCUAGACCGAAUGUAACUCCGUAUAAUUUACUCAUUAGGGCGUGUCCUAUAUAGUUAAGGAACAGAUAGUAUUAAACCAUUAUUAAAGAAACACUUAUAAUUUACAGUAUCUAUGCAUGCAAUGUAUGCCAAUAAUUAAUCACAAGUACAAGUUAUAUAGAUAUAUGGAUGACUCUUUUUAUCAAGGAAAGUGACGUGAAAUGUUAAUAUCUCUAAACAGGCUUCCAUUUGAAGACACGCAGAGAAGAAGAGAAACAAUACAAGUUUGGUUAAUCAUAUUAGAUUAAUUAACCGUAGAAAGGAUAUAGUACUGAUGAGGGAAAAAUAAUUAAAUAGUGACCCUGCUGGUUUAUUAACAUUUAACACCAAGAAUCUUAGCUUGUAUGUUGUAUAUAUAAAUUAGGAAGAUGAGAGGGAAGUGGGAAAUGAAAAGAGAUGAAAUGGGACAUCGAUGCUGUGGAAAACACAAAGUGAAUAGAGGGCUUUGGUCUCCUGAGGAAGACGAGAAGCUUCUUCGUUAUAUCACUACUCAUGGUCAUCCAAGUUGGAGUUCCGUACCCAAGCUUGCCGGGUUGGAGAGGUGUGGGAAGAGUUGCAGGUUAAGGUGGAUAAACUACUUGAGGCCUGAUUUAAAGAGAGGUUCGUUUACUGCGGAGGAAGAGCAGACUAUCAUCGAUGUUCAUCGUAUUCUUGGUAACAAAUGGGCUCAAAUUGCUAAACACUUACCUGGACGCACUGACAAUGAAGUCAAAAACUUUUGGAACUCAUGCAUCAAGAAGAAGCUUCUUUCUCAAGGCUUCGACCCUUCCACUCAUAAUCUCAUGCCUUCACACAAAAGAUCUGCUACUUCUUCUAAUAAUAAUAUUCCCAAGCCAAGCAAGAUGAAGUCCAUCAUGACAAACCCUACUUUUGAUCUAUCAACCACUGCUUUCUCAAUCACAAACCUUAAUCCUCACACUUCAACUAAACCAAACAAAGUUAAAUCUCCUAUCCGAACUCCAUUACCCUCUCAGACCAUAAUCCCUAUCAAUAAUACCAUGUCAAGUCUUUUAGAUUAUGAGAAUAUGAUUCCUAGCUGGUCAGAUGUUGAUGGAGUGGCACCAAUCCACGAAGAAGCUCCGAUGUUUUCAAGUGAAAAGGCAGUAGUAGGAAUUGAUGACGAUUACUUCAACCUGGACAUUUUGUUUAAUACGCCUUCUACUACUACUUUUGAUCAUGAUUUUGCUUCUAUUUUUUCUUCUGCAAUGUCUAUCGAUUUCAAUCCUAUGGAUGAUCUUGGCUGGACCUUUUAGUUUUACUCUGUCUCUUUCUAUACUUUGAUCAGGUCCUCAAGUGUAAAUAAUUUAUAUGAAUAACUUUUACUUGUUGUUGUCACUAGUUUUGAUAGCUGAGAUUUUACCAAUAUCAGUUUGUCAUUUUCUCAUUAAUCUUUCGUUUUCUCGUAGUCAUUUUACAUUAAUUUGGGCUUUUUAAAUCUACUUUCAUGUAUUUAUAUAAAAACCCAUAUGAUAAUUGUGGGUCCUAAAACCCACACUAAGUAUUUGAGGUGGUUGUUUGUAAAAAUAGGGAGGAAAGAACUUCAUGAACGACAAUAUCCUCAGAACACAACGAUAAUUGGGUUCGAUUUGUCGGGAAUGGAUUAUAUUCGUAGGUCGAAUAUCAUAAAGAUAUCAGGAGAGAUAUAUAUCGUGACUGAACUCGGGAUCGAGCUGCCUACGUACCCGUUGAGGGAUCAAGUCAUAACGUAGUUCGAUUAUCAUCAUCUCGAAAGAGAUGUUAUCGGUCUCGAGCGGGAAGUCGUUUCCAUUGAUCUCGAACGAUACGUCGGCUUUGUCGGUUCUUGAAUAAGAGGUCGUUUAUGUAUAAGUGAUGGAUUCAAAUAACUCGAUCUAUCUUAAUAUGAUCUCAUUAGGUCGUAUCAUCUGAAGAAGAGCACGUGUCAUUGACAUGAUCGAAGUUUGUUACUAACUAUCUAUCUAUCUAUAUAAAGUAUGGUUUGCUCUCUCCUUAGAAAGACACCUAGGAUGUCACAUAGGAAAUUCAGUUCACAGAAUUGUGCCACAUGUCCAAGCGUUGCGUUUCAUUUAAUCGAAGGUUUAAUGGAUUUGGGUUUCAAUUUGUAUACAGGUUUUAUGUUCAGAAUGGACCCAAACAAAAUAAAGAGCAACUCGAUAUGUAAUGAAACGCAACGUUUUUGAUUUAGGGAUUAACCCAUUCUUCGUAUCCGCCAUACGAGAGCUAAACUCGAUCUAUGGUUUCGAAAGAGUUCUUUCAUCUUCUUCCUAAAAAUUCUGAGAGUCAAUCAGUUACAGGUUCAUCUUCUUAAAGUCAGUUGCUUAAAUCCAUGACCCACAAUCUCUCUUCAAUGCAAUCAUUAAUAUGGGAGGCGGUGGAAUUGCGACAAUAAAAAGUGCGGUUUCUCCGUUAUUGGGAGGCUAGAAACGUCCGACGCGGUGGAGAACUCAUGGGAGUCAAUAUGUUGCGACUUGAUUCCCAGGUUUGUUUUAUUCCUCAGCUUGAGUUCAUAACUAGAUUUUUUUUCUUUAUUACAUUUUUAAUGUUUCCGUUGUCUUCCGGUUGCCGGAAGAAAGUUGGAUUCAGGCCCAGAAAGAUUGAUUCAUGGCUGACUGAGUAGUAUAUUGCAUGUUUCUUUUGUUCUUUCAAGCUGAGACUUAACGAAGAAGAACAAGAAAAAUAAGAGUAAAAGCAUGAAGACGGCCCAACAAUCCCUGUCGUUAAGAUUUUUCCAUCUGGAGAGUUUCCUGAAGGUGAAAUCGAACAGUAUAAGGACGACAAUUUGUGGAGAACAACAUCCGAAGAGGAGAGAGAUUUGGAGCGUUUGGAGAAAGCCAAUAUACAACUCUGUACGCCAGGCUGCAGAAGUUCAUAGCGAGGUUAGAAAAUAUGUAAGAAGCAUAGUGAAGCCUGGAAUGUUGAUGACUGAUGUAUGCGAGACACUUGAGGAUAUUGUUUGUAAACUUAUAUCAGAGAAUGGUCUGAAAGCUGGUAUUGCUUUCCCUACAGGAUGCUCUUUGAAUUGGGGUUGCUGCUCAUUGGACACCAAACUCCGGAGACAAGACUGUACUUCAAUACGACGAUGUUAUGAAAGUGGAUUUUGCAACACAUAUCGAUGGGGACAUCUCUCUGUAUGUGGGCUAUAUAUUAUAUUCUCAUACUGCGCCUUUUGUUUUUUUCUGUUUGAUUUAGUGAUUAGUGGUGGGAACUAUUUUCUAAGGAGUUGUUCAAAAAAAAAAUUACUGGCAGAUAUACACUGAGUAGAGUCAUAAUUUUUGUCAUGUACACUCUCUUUUGUUCGAGGUAAGAUAUUUUUUCUUAGAGGAGCUGAUGACAUAUACUAUGUCAUUUUUGGGGUCUUUGCUAAUAAUUUUGAGUGCCUGUUUUAGUGGGUAAUGUUUUUUUUUUAGAAAUGGCUUUCAGUUCACCCAAAGCUCAUGGAAGAACCUUUAGAUGUUGCUGAAUGAUGAUUCAUAUAAUUCACCGGUGGGUCUAGACAGAAACGGAAUUGUCCUUCUGCUAUGGGAGAAUGGUACUUUAUGUGGCUCCAUAAGCCCUGACGAAUUAUUUUCUUAUGUGUCCCUUUUCUCUAAAGAGCAUCCCAGUUAAAGGCUUCUCUGAUCCAGCUCCAAUAAAAGCUCUCAGUUACACACAAUGUGUGCGCCCUAAGAAGUAAGGAAGUUGCGGUAGUUGUGUUUUGGAGUUUAAGCUAAUUCUUUUAUUUACUUGGAUAUCAGAUUUUCAAAACUUUUGUUCACAAUAUAAUUUCUUUUUUGUUA